AUGAGAGGCAAUCUAUUCAUUCAAUUGCUUCUCAUUACAUCAUCAGUAUUAGCAGUUAAAGAAUAUUUAUUCAAAACAUGUCCUCAAUCAGGAUUCUGUACCAGAAAUCGUCAUUUUGCUCAACAAGUAAGUACCACCACCAAUUAUAAAUCACCAUAUUCUAUUGAUCCCGAUAGUAUUAUCUUACAUGAUGGUGUUAUAUUUGGAGUCAUCAACAAACACCUCCCACAAGUCGAUAAUUCAACCGUUCAAUUAUUAUUUGAUAUUACUUUAGUAGAAGGAAAUUUCCGAUUUCGAUUAGAUGAAAAUAGACAAAUCUUGCGGGAAUAUCCUUCAUAUUUGAAUCAAUUGAGAUAUAAUGAGACUUCAGAUUGGGCAUUCCAACCGGGAGUUCAAUUGGAUAGAUCUAUAAGAUAUGAAAAAUUAUCUGCCGAUAAGAUUCAUUUAUCAUAUCGUAAAGAUUAUGAUGUUAUAAUUUCAUUGAAUCCAAUUAAAUUCCAAUUCAUCCAUCAAGGGAAGGAACAACUUGUGAUUAAUGAUAAACAAUUCUUGAAUUUCGAACAUCGUAGAUUGAAAUCGGAGAAUGAUUUACAUUUAUCCCCACAAGAGAUUUCAUUUGAUAUGUUUCAAGAUUCAUUCCCGGAUUCAAGUAAGGAUACAAUCCCGUUGGGGCCGGAAUCAAUUGCGAUUGAUUUUACAUUUAGCGGGUUUAGUCAUCUAUAUGGGAUUCCUGAACAUUCUGGUUCGAUGUUGUUGAAGGAUACGACCCAUCGUGAACCAUAUAGAUUAUUUAAUGUUGAUAUUUUUGAAUAUGAACAAGAUUCAAGAUUGCCAAUGUAUGGAUCAAUUCCAUUGUUGAUUGCUGCAAAACCAGAUGCUGCUGUAGGGGUGUUUUGGAUAAAUGCUGCUGAUUCAUAUGUUGAUAUUAAUUUGGAGAAUAAAGAUGGAGGUGCUGCUCAUUUUAUGUCGGAGAAUGGAUUAUUGGAUUUCAUUAUUAUUAUUGAAGAUAAUGUAGAUGAAGUUAAUCGUCAAUAUGGGAAAAUCACAGGAUAUACCCAACUCCCAGCAUUAUUUUCCCUUGGAUAUCAUCAAUGUCGUUGGAAUUAUAAUGAUGAAAAAGAUGUGUUGGAUAUUCAUGCAAAAUUCGAUAAAUAUAAGAUUCCAUAUGAUACAAUUUGGUUAGAUAUAGAAUAUACCGACCAAAAGAAAUAUUUCACCUGGAAUAAAGAAAAUUUCCCCAAUCCCAAGCGAAUGCUUUCCAAACUCGACACUACGGGGCGUAAUCUCGUAGUCAUCAUCGACCCCCAUCUCAAAGUCGACUACGAAGUCAGUCGAGACCUCAUCUCCCAAAACCUCGCCAUACUCGACUCCACCAACAACCCCUAUCAUGGACAUUGUUGGCCCGGAGAAUCCAUCUGGAUAGACACAUUCAACCCCGAAGCUCAAUCAUAUUGGAAAUCCCGUUUCGGCUGGGAUCAACCAUUCUUAGGCCCCCAUCAAGAAAACAUCCAUAUUUGGAAUGACAUGAAUGAACCCCUGGUUUUCGAUGGGCCCGAAACGACUUCGCCGAAAGAUAAUCUCCAUUAUGGAGGUUGGGAACAUCGUUCACUUCAUAAUUUGUAUGGUCUCACAUAUCAUCAAGCCACCUAUCAUGCCAUGCAAGCCCGAUUGGAAGACAGACCAUCCCGACAACGACCAUUCGUAUUAACAAGAUCCUAUUUCGCCGGUUCUCAACGGUCAGCAGCCAUGUGGACGGGUGAUAAUAUGUCGAAAUGGGAAUAUCUCAAGAUUUCCAUCCCGAUGGUGUUGACGCAUAAUAUUGUGGGGAUGCCUUUCAGUGGGGCGGAUGUCGGUGGAUUUUUUGGAAAUCCGAGUAAGGAAUUAUUAACUCGUUGGUAUCAGACUGGGAUUUUCUAUCCUUUCUUCAGAGCUCAUGCGAAUAUUGAUAGUAGGAGACGUGAACCAUGGGUGAGCGGGGAGCCAUAUGUUAGUUAUAUUAGGGAGGCGGUUAGAUUGAGAUAUAAAUUGUUAUCGGUUUUUUAUACUAGUUUCAAGAGGGGGAAUGAGGGUGGUAGACCGGUUAUGAGGCCGCUUUUCUAUGAAGCGCCGGGGAAUUUGGAGGCGUAUGGGAUUGAUGAUGAGUUUUUCGUCGGGGAUUCGGGGAUAUUGGUAAAGCCGGUGACUGAUGAGGGUGUGGAUGAGGUGGAGGUUUAUAUUCCUGAUGAGGAAGUUUAUUAUGAUUUCAUGAAUGGGAAGAUAACCAAGAGAAAGGUGGAUAAUGGGGUUGGAUAUGUGAAGAAGAAGGUUGAGUUGAAUGAUAUUCCGAUGUAUUUGAAAGGUGGGUCUAUUCUUAGUGUGAAGGAAAGAUAUCGUCGUUCUUCGAAAUUGAUGAAGUAUGAUCCAUAUACGGUUAUUAUUGCAUUGAAUAAACAAGGGAAAGCCAGUGGAGAGUUAUAUAUUGAUGAUGGAGAGAGUUAUAAGAAUGUUCAAGGUGAAUAUGUCGAUGUUAAGUUUUCAGCCGAUAAGAAUUCGAUAUCUACCAAUGUUAAAUCUGGUUCAGAUCAAUAUAUCAAAUCAAUUGAUUCUAUUCAUGUUGAAAAUAUUCAAAUUGUAGGAUUAGAUGAUAAGAUCAAAUCAAUUGAGAUUGAACAAGGAGGAGAGACUUGGAGUGGAAGAGUUGAAACAAAAGAUGGAAUUGCAACUAUCAAAAAUCCAAAAGUUAAGAUUAAUUCCAAUUGGAAGAUUUCUAUUAAUUAUAAAGAUGAUAUGAAAAGAGAUGAAUUAUAG